AUGGCUCUCAUUUCAGGGCCCGGGACCGUGUUCUGUGACUACCUGUGCUACAUAUUCAUGUUCCUGUCCGUCGCAACCUCCAACAUGGUGGCCACCUCCUUAGCUAACAAGGAUGAAGAACUUGCACAGCAUCAAGUGUCUACGCUGCUAUUUAUAGCUCUUACUUUUGGUAUAGGAAUGUUUUUGUUCACUAAGAUUUUUGGGGUUCAAGUAUUGACUGCCUUUACUGGAUCAAAAAAUCAUGAAAUUAUUUCUGCUGCUAAUACAUAUGCACAGGGACACUGCAUUACUAUAUCUAUCUUAGCAGCUACAAGAACUAGUGGAACUGUACAUGUUGGAAUUCUAGGCAUGAAAGAUGCUUGGGGUCCUCUGAAGGCAUUGGCAGCAGCUAGUGUUAUAAAUGGCGUCGGUGAUAUAUUUCUUUGCUCUGUAUGUGGAUAUGGAAUUGCUGGUGCCGCCUGGGCUACUAUGGUUUCACAGAUUGUUGCAGCUUUUAUGAUGAUGCAAAAUCUAAACAGUAGAGGUUUUCGAGCGUUCUCAUUCACAAUCCCAUCGACAAGAGAGCUUCUGCAGAUAUUCGAAAUCGCAGCUCCUGUUUUUGUGACAAUGACAUCCAAGGUAGCAUUUUAUGCAUUACUUACAUACUCCGCGACUUCUAUGGGAGCAAUAACUCUUGCAGGCCAUCAGGUCAUGGUUAAUAUCUUAUGCAUGUGCACUGUUUGGGGUGAGCCCCUGUCACAAACUGCACAGUCGUUCAUGCCGGAGAUGAUAUACGGAGCUAACCGCAAUUUGAUGAAGGCAAGGAUGCUACUCAAGUCACUCGUGAUGAUUGGAGCUAUAGCUGGACUGACUGUGGGGACAGUUGGAACGAUUGUUCCGUGGCUUUUUCCUAGUCUGUUUACCAAUGAUCUACUGGUUGUACAACAGAUGCACAAAGUGCUGAUUCCAUAUUUCACUGCAUUGUUGGUGACACCUUCAGUACACAGCCUUGAAGGAACAUUGCUGGCUGGAAGGGAUCUCAGGUAUUUGAGUCAAUCAAUGGGUGCAUGCUUCAGCAUUGGAACCUUUCUACUACUGCUUGUCCGUGACAAAUGUAGUAGCUUGACACUAUGCUGGUGGGUACUUGUCUUCUUCCAGUGGAGUCGGUUUGGAAGCGCUCUACAACGGCUUGUUUCUCCAACGGGCAUGUUGUACAAUGAAAAUUUCAACCAGCCUGAGCAUGUCAAAGUGAAGGCCACAUGA